GGUCUUUUGAACUUCUGUGCUCAACCAUCGGUUCCUGCGGUUUUUUUUGGGUGGCUGGAUAAUAAAAUGGUCGACUAACGUUGUGUUUUAUUAUACACAUUGAAUUCCUCUGAAACGUCCGACAGGCUGCGAUGCUCUCAAAGAAGCAGAAGGAGCUCAUCGCAGAGAUCUGGGCGAGUUUGACUCCGGUGGCGGAGGACAUUGGAGCGGACGCGCUCGAGAGGAUGUUCGCCUCCUAUCCCGGCACCAAGACCUACUUCUCCCACCUGGACAUCAGCCCUCGCUCCGCUCACCUGCUCUCUCACGGGAGGAAGAUCGUCCUGGCCAUCGCAGAGGGCGCCCGGGACAUCGGCCAGCUGACCGUGACUCUGGCUCCUCUGCAGAUGCUGCACGCCUACCAGCUCCGGAUUGACCCCACCAACUUCAAGCUCUUCUCCCACUGCAUGCUCGUGGCCCUCGCCUGCCACAUGGGGGACGACUUCACGCCGGACGCUCACGCGGCGAUGGACAAGUACAUGUCGGCUUUCGCAGCCGUGCUCUCCGAGAAAUACCGAUGAGAGCCCAGCGCUCGUACAAAGGGACCGUUCACGAUGCCGCGUGAUAUGAAAUGUUUAUGUACGUGUGUAGUUGUCGUCAUGCAAUAUUGUGGAAUAAUAAAAUGUGCCGCUACCACCUUU